CUUCGCAUGAUAUCUUUAUCCUUCUGUGGGAGAUAUUUCUUGUGCUUUUUGAGCCACAUUCAACUGAGACUCAACAUCCUAGCAAAAAAAGAAACAAAAAUGUCAAAAACACUCGUCAAUACUGCCAACAACACAAGGUUACAAGGCAAAGUCGCCAUAAUUACCGGCGGCGCCAGCGGUAUCGGCGAGGCCACCGCCCGCCUCUUCGCCGACCGCGGCACAGCAAUGGUCGUCAUCGCCGACAUCCAGGACGAUCUCGGCCGCCACGUCGCCGAAUCAAUCGGGUCCGACCGCUGCACCUACGCCCACUGCGACGUCACAGACGAAGACCAGGUCAAAUCCACGGUCGAGUCAACGGUCCAGAACCACGGUCGGCUCGACAUCAUGUUCUGCAACGCCGGCGUCGGGAGUCGGUCGGACCAGAACGUCCUCGACCUCGACUUCGCCGCCUUCGACCGGCUGAUGGCAGUUAACGUGCGCGGGGUCGCACUGUGCUUGAAGCACGCGGCGCGUGUGAUGGUGGUGCGGCGCGUGAGGGGGAGCAUCGUGUGCACGGGGAGCGUGGCGGCGGCGCGUGGUGGACGGAGGUGGACGGACUACCACAUGGCGAAGCAUGCUGUGCUUGGACUGGUCCGGUCGGCGAGCCUGCAGCUCGGGGAGCACGGGAUAAGGGUGAACUGCGUGUCGCCGAGCGGGGUGGCGACGCCGCUGUCGUGCGAGGCCAACGGCGUCGGCGCAGCGGAGCUGGAGAAGAGGUACGAGGCGUUCUCUAGCUUGAAGGGAAUUGUGUUGAAAACGCGACACGUGGCGGAUGCGGUGCUGUUCCUUGCCUGCGAUGAGUCUGAGUUCGUCACCGGGCAUAACCUAGAAGUUCAUGGUUGGGUUACCUCUGGGUUUCCCGUUGGAUUACCGGCCUUAGUGUUGAGUGUGUGUGAGAAUUUGUUAAAGGAGUGUAUUGUGCGUUGAUGAAAGAUAUGUAUAAAUA